AUGUAUCGACAAAUCUCCUGCCAAUACCAAACAUUUCUCUUAUCCACUAUCGUUAUCUUCCUUCUCAUCAUAGUAGCAAUUCAGCACGAAGAGAUUUCCAAUAAGAAGAAACUACCCAUCUCUACGAAAUCCUCCAACUCUAGCGUAGUCAUCUCCGCGCCCCUCGCGACACAUUCAUCAGAAGCUCCAGGAUUUCCCAAAAAGCUUUGGUAUAAAGUAGGACCUCAGGGCGUUUCGGACGAGGCAAAACGAUUCCGACAUCACUGUCUUGAUAUCAACCCAGGCUAUACAUAUGAAGUACUCACUGAUGCAUUCGCGGACGAGUACGUAUGGACAUGGUUUUCUCAUCGUCCAGAUAUUCUAGAUACCUAUUUUUCGCUCAGUAUACCGAUCUUGAAAGCCGAUUUGUUGCGAUAUUUGAUCUUGUAUGCUUAUGGAGGAGUGUGGUUUGAUUUAGAUGUGUCGUGUGAGGAUAUUCCCAUUGAUGCUUGGGUAUUGGAGGAACAUCGGGAGGCAAACCUUGUCGUUGGCCUGGAGUUCGAUUAUGACUAUCAGGAAGAUACAGCCAUGUAUUCGCAAUUCGCGAGCUGGACUAUUAUGGCGAAGCCUGGAUCUCCACAUCUAAUUCAGGUCAUCAAUGAUAUUUUGGAUGAGCUGAAUGAAAUUGCACGUCGAAACGAGGUAUCAAUUGAAGGAAUAGAGUUGAGUAUGAUUAGUGAUGUGGUGGAUAUAACGGGACCAAAAAGAAUGACGUGGGGGAUUAUCAAAAGUCUCAAAGAAAUUCUGGGAAGAGAACUUGAUGAUAGAGAUGUUGGAGAAUUGAGAAGUGCGAGGUUGAUUUAUGAUGUGUUGAUUUUGCCGGGAAAUGCAUUCGCGGGGACGCAAAACGGAUUCAAGAAAGAAAAAGGAAAGGUUUUUGUAAAUCAUCAUUAUGCAGGGACUUGGAAGAAUAAGUUCGGUGGCGAGGCAGAGAAAGGUUCUGAGAAGGAAAAAGAGAUUGAGGAAGAGAGAAGAAUAGAGCAAGAAAUGGAAGAGAAGAGAAUUGAAGAAGAGAGGAUCGAGCAGGAGAGGAUUGAUCAAGAACAGAAAGAUAUAGAACAAGGGCAGAAGAUAGAGCAAGAUGAGGAUACUGAAGACAAAAAAGAAAAGGAGGGAACCAAACAGCAAGAAGAGUCUGAGCAAGAAGGAAAAAUUGAGGAUAAUGAAGAUACCGACGAUGAUGGAGCCCAAGAGACAGAAGAGUCCGGGCAAGAAAAGGAGAAUCUGUAA